AUGAGGUCCAUUGCGCGCGCCUCACUACUACUACAUCUUCUUAUGCCUAAAAGACUUCGAACGAUCCUUCGCUUUGUCAAACCUCUGCUUCGGGCUUAUGUUCUCGCCUACCUCUAUAUAGUUGUUCCCAAGAUAGUCGCAAUUGUUGCGCAGCUGGCUCGAAAACAUGAAUAUGACCAACUAUUGCCGCGAGUUAUCGCUGUGAUGCGAAGGGCUUUAGGGCGAGACAAGUUUCCUGCGCUCGCUGGGCGUCUUCUUCUCUUCAUGAAUGUGAUGGAGGCAGCACACUCACAAGCGUUUGGAAACAAUGGACUUGCGCUGCGCUACGGCAAACUCAAGAUUGCCAAUAGUGCAUACGCUAACUCAACUUUGGACUCCCUGAGACUUACAGCCACAACAAGGGAAACUGCAAAGCACGCUAUCCUGAACACGUCGAAAGUUGCUAAAUCGCGCGCUGCUAAAAGCCCCUUGGCCCCUGGACUUCAUAAUUUGCAAACGUCUGCGCGUUCCCUGUCUCUGUGGCCCGUGUUUGCUGCAGCUUUGGCAGCCUCGCUCUGCGCGAUGAGACCGUACCAAAAAGCGCGCGCCGGGCGCGGGUCGCUCGACUUGACACUCUUGGUGGCGACGCGCGCGGCUGAUACGCUUUUGGCGCGUGCGCUCCGAGGCUGCAAAGCGGCUUCUGUCGCCGACCCUGCUCUAUUUGCAGCCCUGUCGUUUUUCAUCAUGUAUGCAUGGUUUUACCACCCGGAGCGCCUACCACACUCGUACCGCUCGUGGAUCACUCGCGCCGCUGAUAUGGACAUCGAACUACUAACUCUUUUACGCCACAUGCGCACCGGCCGCGCGGUGUAUGGUCGAGAAGGACCUGAGGCACAUGUACUUGAUGACUAUUGCCGCCGCUAUGGCCAGGACCCAGUACGUGGCCUGACGGCGAAAAACGUUCCCGUUGACUGCGAGGUGGUACACGCCUUCCGCACCCGCAGCUGCGAGGUUCAUGCAUUGUAUCGUUUCUGGCGCGGCUUUGUUUUCGCGCUCAAGCUUUAUGGCGGCAUAAAUGCUGUCAUGUUCGUCGCUACAAUGCGCCGCCGCCCCACUUGGCGCGCCCUCAUGCGCGCCGCAUCUCUGGCGGUGAGACUGUCAUGUUUCUUGGGCCUGUUCAUUGCGCUCUGCUGGUACGGUGUGUGUUUGGCGCGGCGCCGGGUACUUCCAAAGUUGUUCCCAAAUGUUCAUCCGCAAUAUUGGGAUCGUACGCCGUGUGUAAUGAGCGGUUCCCUCCUCUGCGGGCUCAGCUGUUUGGUUGAAACGCCGACGCGGCGGCGUGAAUUGGCAUUGUUUGUGGCGCCUCGCGCUUUGGGCACCCUAGUACUGCCCGAGCCAACACCGGCUCUGUUGCGUACGGAGAGACUUAUUUUUGCUGUCAGCAUGGCAGCAUUGGUGACUUGCUCGAGACGAGACCCGGAUCUGGUGCGGGGUUUUUUCGGUCGUGGUCUUGCUGCAGUGUUUGCACGGUGA